AUGAACACAACAACUUUCUAUGUUUCUUUAUUAAAAGAUUCUAAUACUUCAAUCAUAAUUAACAAAUUAUGGUUUAUUCUUGUCGAUAUUCUAGCACUUAUAUGUAUUAUUUUAGCCAUUUUAAUGUCAAUAUUAUUUUUAUGUAUUGUUUUAACCGAUAAAACAUGUCAUACUAUUCUUAUGAUACUUGUUACUAAUUCAUGUUUUGCUGGUUUUAUAUUUACACUUCUUUUAUUCUGGGUUUCAUUUUUUACACUUUAUAAUGAUCUUCAACAAAUUUAUUAUCAAGAUUUAUUUUGUAAUUUUCGAGGUUAUAUGUGUUAUGUUACUUGUUUUGCAUUGAUUUAUUCUUAUUUCUUACAAGCGAUUCAUAGUUAUAUAACAAUUAUUUAUCCAAAUAGCGUAUUCUGGCAAUCCGAAAAAUUUCAAUAUCUUCUCAUUAUUUUAACAUGGAUAGCUGCUUUUAUAUUUGCAUGUCCACAAAUAGCUACUAAUGCCAUCAAAUAUUCUGCUGAUGAUCAGAUAUAUCAACUGCCACUUCGUAUUUCUCUCUUAUUAUGUGUCUUAUACAAUAUUCGUGUUUAUGGGAUUUUUACCUCACCACCAAAAUAUCAUUUUCGCAUUGCUGUGACAUUUAUUGAAAUAUCAACAGUAUUUUUUAUGAUUGCUUUAUUUAAAUUUACUGAUCCAGUUCGAACAUCAAUAAUGAAAAGAAUUAGCAUACGACCAAAUGUAGUCGCAGCAACAAUAAUAUAA